CUCGCGUGCUCGGCGUGCCACGGGACCGCCCGCUGCUGGCGCGCGCUUAGCCGUUCGGUCCCCAGACGCGUCCUCCGUCUCUUCCCCCUUCUCACCCCAACUCCUCCUGCGUCUCCGCACGGACAGCCGCUGGGGCUGGAACGCGGUGGGAACCGGAGCCCCUGACCUACGGAACCAUGGAGGCCUAAGCCGCCGUGCACACCCGGGCCCCUGUGCGCCCGCGCUCCCGUUCCCUUGCUGCCUGCCGGCCGCGGCUGGAAGCGGAGUCCGCGCCGCUGACCCAGGUUGUCUUGUGGAAAUGCCCGUGUGAGGACGAGCUGCCUACCACGUAGAAGAUGGGAUCGAACAGCAGCAAGAUCAGUGAUCUUCCGAAAAACGAGUACUUAAAAAAGCUGUCAGGCCCCGAGUCUAUAUCUGAAAACGACCCCUUCUGGAAUCAGCUCUUUUCAUUUUCUUUCCCCGCACCAACCAGCAGUUCUGAGUUGAAGCUAUUGGAAGAGGCAACCAUUUCAGUUUGCAAGUCUUUGGUUGAAAACAACCCUCGAACAGGAAAUCUUGCUGCGCUAACUAAGGUCUUCCUAUCUAGAACCAGGGAGCUCAGGCUCUCAGCCGAGUGUCAGAACCACAUCUUCAUCUGGCAGACACACAAUGCUCUGUUUAUUAUUUGCUGCUUGCUGAAAGUGUUCAUCCGUGAGCUGUCUGAGGAAGAGCUGCAGCUUCAUUUUACAUAUGAAGAAAAGUCCCCCGGCAGCUACAGUUCUGACUCUGAAGACCUUCUGGAAGAGUUGCUCUGCAGCUUGGUACAGUUAAUCACUGAUACUCCACUCUUGGAUAUCACGUAUGAGAUAGCAGUGGAGGCCAUCUCGGCAAUGGUUGUCUUCCUUUCCUGCCAACUCUUCCACAAGGAGGUUCUGCGACAGAGCAUCAGUCACAAGUACCUGAUGCAAGGCCCAUGUCUUCCCUACACCAGUAAACUUGUGAAAACCUUAUUGUAUAACUUUAUCAGACAAGAAAAGCCACCUCCGCCCGGAACCCAUGUCUUCCCUCAGCAGUCGGAUGGGGGAGGACUGCUGUAUGGACUGGCAUCAGGAGUAGCAACUGGUCUCUGGACUGUCUUCACGCUAGGCGGGGCAGGCAGCAAAGCAGCUGCGUCCCCAGAACUUACAUCUCCUCUGGCCAACCAGAGUCUCCUGCUGCUGCUGGUGCUGGUGAACCUGACGGAUGCCCCAGACAUACCCAACCCCUACAGGCAAGCUGUCUCGUCAUUUAAGAACACGCAAGACAGCAGUCCGUUCCCAUCAUCAAUUCCUCAUACCUUCCAGAUUAACUUUAACAGUUUGUACACAGCCCUGUGUGAGCAGCAGACGUCUGAUCAGGCAACGCUGCUCCUGUACACGCUGCUCCACCAGAACAGCAAUGUCAGGACGUACGUGCUGGCCCGGACGGAUAUGGAAAAUCUUGUUUUACCAAUUCUUGAGAUUUUGUAUCAUGUUGAGGAAAGAAACUCACACCAUGUCUAUAUGGCCCUUAUAAUCCUGUUGAUCCUUACAGAAGACGAUGGCUUCAAUCGGUCCAUUCAUGAAGUGAUAUUAAGAAACAUUACUUGGUAUUCAGAAAGAGUCUUAACUGAGAUUUCCCUGGGGAGCCUCCUAAUUCUGGUGGUAAUAAGAACCAUCCAGUACAAUAUGACCAGGACUCGAGACAAGUACCUGCACACAAACUGCCUGGCGGCUUUAGCAAACAUGUCAGCGCAGUUCCGCUCCCUCCACCAGUACGCUGCCCAGAGGAUCAUCAGAGUUCCUGCCCAGAUAUUCAGUGUGGAUGGGUACCUGUGGUCUGUAGAGCACUUCGGAAUCAAGUUCACAGUCCGUGCUGCUGUUCCUUCAGAUCUGAUUCCUUCAGAUGACUUGUAGAUGCUUUAGAUGUCAACCAGACCUGUUCUCUGGAUCGCUACUUCAUUAAGGAGCAUGUGCGGGGUCACGUUUCCCUUCCACCCCAGCCCUACCGAGUCCAGUUUGGCUUUUAUGGGAGUCAGCACCUCCUUUGUUACAAGGAGGAUCACAGUGACAUUGGAAACAAGCUAAUCAAGGAAUACGCUUCAGUCAGUUUCUUUCUGUAAUGCUCCCUGCAUCUGACUCAAGUGUUGGAAGGGAGUGUGCAGUGAGUGUCUGCUUUGGUCAGUUUUAGACUUAGCUAGAAGACCACGAGGCGAGCAGACAGGAACAUGCUAUUAGUACAUUGAAGUGCAACUUGAAAACAUACAGCAAACUGCGUUGCUGCAACCCAUCCAGCUUCGCAUGCUGCAAGGCCACAUUGGCGGUUACAGAGCAAACGUCGGGAACGGAGAGUCAUGGUAUUUCUUUUAAAAUGGUUUCUUUGUCCAAUGUCAAAAGUUUUGGGUUUUUUAGGUUUUUGUUUUGUUUUGUUUUUGUUUUUGUUUUGCUUAAGCACCAUAUAGAAAGAAAUGCUACCCACACCUGCAAAUACAGAUUGGAGUAUCUUAAAAAAAACAGACGAUGGUGUAUUUCAUGACGUUCCUCCUGCUUAGUCAGUAUUUUUAGGCACCUGGCAUAUGACACUUACUGACUAUACAUUUUUUUAAAUUUAUUUUCAAAUGUCUGAUCUGCUUUGGCAGUAUGAGAAAAAAAUCAAUAUAUACAACUAUUCUGUGUGUGUGUGUGUGUGUGUGUGUGUGUGUGUGUGUGUGUGUGUGUAGUUUUGUAAAUGAAACUAAUCAGAUCUUAGACUACAAGUUGAAAUGCUCACAUUCUUAGAAACAAAUUUAAGAUGUAAGACGGCUAACUCUGUACCUGCUCCCAGGUGUGUGUCUGAUGUAACAAGUUCUCACAGCAGUAAGCUAGUAACGACAAAAAUUACUGUCUCAAUUUUUCUAUUUUUUUUUUUAGUUUCUACAAAUGUUGGUUUAAGGUUUUUAUUGCUGUGUUUACUUCUGAAAUAAGCGGCUUAAAAUAGGAUAAAAGUACUUAAUGGAAACUUUUUAAUUAGCACAGAAUUUUAUUAAAUAUAUCUAUAAUAGUCAAAUUUUAGCUAACAACUUUAUACUAUAAAGUUAGGGCUUUCUUGUUUUGAAUUUCUUUAGCAAUUGAGAAAAAAGUUUGCACAAAAGGUAUUAAUAUUGCUGACAGUUUUGGGGAAUGCUCUUUUUACUGGCAGUGGGGUAUGUGGUUACCUCAUCCCUUGAGCUGGCUCCUGAUUGGUACAUCAGUACAUGGCCUGUUCUUGGGCUAGUCCUCCAUACUAAACAGUCUCUGAGCGGUUCAUGCUAGCAGGAGUUCAGCUCCAGGAAAAAUGGCCUGCACUGCCAAGGAGUGACGUGAUUCAAGGUGCUCUCCUUCCACUGUGGACACUUGACAUUCAUCCUGGAUUUUCUGGGUUUUAUUUGCUUGGAUAUGAGAAUUUUGAACUGUGUAAAAAUAGUAUAAAAUUGUGUGUUUCGGC